AGACGAAGUGGAUCAGUCUGUUAACCUUUGACCGAAAACAAAAUGGCAACGUCCAUGGGAAGAGUUUUGGUUCACAAUGUUGUGAAUUCUGUCUGCAGAAGAGGCAGAACAAGACAUUGUCUUCGCAUACGGAGUGGAAGGUGUUGCUGUUUGGUUGUUGCCAUGGUUACCAUAAUGUCAUCCCUGGUAGUGCGGGGAGUGCUUGCCGUCACCCCACAGCCGUUCUGCUACUGGCCCUGGCCCAUCCACCCUCUCCUAACACAACCCGAAACAGAAAGAUACUGCAGUACAGCUGCAGCUGUAACACCUGCCAACAAUCCGCUGCUGAGACAUGAACACCUGCCUGAGUUCCAGGCCAUCAAGGCUGAGCAUGUGGUGCCGGCUAUGAAGACACUGGUAGAAGAACUAGAGACAGGAGUUGGGAAACUGGAGAAGAAUAUAGAAGAUGUGAGUAAGGUGACCUGGCCGACCCUAGUGGAGACCAUGGAGAGAUUGUCCUUCCCACUGGAGUUUGCUUGGGGUGCUGUAUCACACCUUAAUGGUGUCAAGAACAAUGAUGCCCUGAGGGAAGCUGUUGAACAGGCCCAGCCAUUAGUGGUACAGAUUACCAGCAGGGUGGCUCAGAGCAGACCUGUGUUCAAUGGACUAAAGGCCCUACAGACAGGUACGGCCACCCUAGAUGGUCCCCAGGUGAGAAUCCUGGACUCAGGUGUGAAGGGGGCGCGGCUGGGCGGGGUGGACCUGGAGGGGGAGGACAAGGAAAACUUUAACCAGAUGAGGAUGAAAAUGGCCAUGCUUGGUCAGCAGUUCAGUAACAAUGUGUUAGACUCUACCAAGGCGUUCUCCCUGACAGUGACUGACAGGUCCCACAUGGAGGGUGUACCUGACUCCUUACUACAUCUCACCUCCUCAGCAGCAGCUCAGGACAAGGACAGUGUUGACCCAGAGAAGGGUCCCUGGAAGUUGACCCUUGACAUGCCGUGCUUCGAGCCCUUCAUGAAGCACAGCAGGAACCAGACGCUGAGGGAACAGAUGUAUCGAGCUUACAUCACACGGGCUUCACACGGCGACCACGACAACACGGGAGUCAUUGAAGAAAUUAGGAAACUGCGGAAAGAAAAGUCUGCCCUUCUGGGCUACACGACCUUCGCCGACCUCUCCAUCGACACCAAAAUGGCCGACAGUGUACAGGAAGUGAUGUCAAUGAUCCAGAGUUUAAAGGUGAAGAGUAAACCAGCAGCAGAGAGGGAGUACGCCCAGCUGGAAGAGUUUGCCAGAAGUAACGGCCACGAAGGGAAACUGAACCUGUGGGACCUGUCAUUCUGGGCUGAGAGGCAGAGGGAGCAACUCUUCAGCUUUAGCGAAGAAGAACUCCGUCCCUAUUUCCCGCUGGAAAGAGUCCUGAGUGGUAUGUUUGACCUGUGUUCACACCUGUUUGGGAUACAAAUUCAGUCAGCAGAUGGGACAACAGAGGUGUGGCACAAGGAUGUUCGCUUCUUUAACAUCCUAGAUGAACAAGGUGAACACAUCGCCUCCUUUUUCCUGGACCCGUACUCUCGUCCACAUGAGAAGAGAGGCGGAGCAUGGAUGGACUCAGCACUGGGGAAAAGCCUGGUGAUGAAGACCAAGCCUGUAGCAUACCUGGUGUGUAACCAGAGCCCUCCGGUGGGAGACAAACCUUCACUCAUGAACUUCAGGGAGGUGGAGACGUUGUUCCAUGAGUUUGGCCAUGGACUCCAACACAUGCUGACCAAGGUGCCGUACCACGAUGCCGCUGGGAUAAACAACGUGGAGUGGGACGCGGUGGAGGUGCCGUCCCAGUUCAUGGAGAACUGGGUGUACGACUGGGACACCAUGCAGCGCAUCAGUGGGCACUACCAGACAGGGGACACCCUGCCCAGGGACCUGUUUCAGAAACUUGUUGAUGCUCGUAAGUACAUGGCUGGCUCCCAGAUGUUGAGGCAGCUAUAUUUCAGUGCCCUGGAUAUGGAACUCCACACUAGUUCAGACCCAUGGAAGACCGUGAUGGACAGAGUAGCGGCAGAGUACACGGUCCUGCGGCCGCUGCCAGAGGACAGGUUCCCCUGCUCGUUCCAGCACCUGUUUGGUGGAGGCUACGCAGCUGGGUACUACUCCUACAAGUGGGCAGAGGUCAUGGCUGUGGACGCGUUCGGGGCUUUUGAGGAGGCUGGGCUAGACAACAGGGACAAACUUGCUGAUAUUGGAAAAAGAUUUAGAGAAACCAUUCUUGGCCUUGGAGGAGGCACCCAUCCAAAAGACGUCUUCAGACAAUUCCGAGGAAGAGAGCCACAACCAGAUGCAUUACUAAGACUAUAUGGACUUUCAUAGAAGUCAGGCAAAAAGUCUAAACUGAAAAGACAAAGAGUCCUUUUUUUUUGUUCAUCAUUGAUAGUGCACAAAUUUUGUAUAUUCACUUUAUCGUAUUUCAAUUACAUAAUUUCACUAUGUCAAGAGGCUCAGCUACAUAUAAGAUUGGUUAAACUUUAUUUUCUAUCUAUUUUCAUUGAUGACAUCUCUACACAACUCCUUUGGCUGAUUUUUGUCUAAUGUAAUAAAAUAUGUUUUGACAAAAA